GGGGGAGCGGCAGAGCUCUCUCAAGGGCGUCCAGACCCGGAACCGCUCCAGUACCUCUGGGAAAUCCACCUCCCUUGCCCAGCGCUCCCUGGCUGCACCUUUCGCCUGAGCCCAAACCGGCCUAACCAGCUCUCCCGAGCCACCCCCCAAAGCCGCGCCGGGGAAGGCAGCUCGCAGGCAGGGAGCUCAGUGCCAGCGUGAGGCGGAGGGAGAGAUUUGAUGAUGUCCUGCCGUUGACUUGGCGAGCCGGACGGCGGAGUGGCGGCAGUCCUGCCGAGCAGUGCCCCCCAGCUGGAGGGGGGAGGGGACGCCACCAGGGGUCUGCAAGCCUCACCCAGCCCCCGCCCCACCGUCCGUCCCCCCCCUCCGGUAGAGUCAGCAGCAACGGUAGCAGCGAGGGAAGAUGACCGAGAGCUCCCUGUACACGCAGCGCCUGGAGGCCAUCGUGGGGCGGCGCAAGGUGCAGGAGCGGAUCCUCCGGACGCGCCGGGAGCUGGAGGAGGAGAAACUCCGCGCCCAGCAGCUCAAGAGGAAGUCCCUGCGAGACCAGUGGCUGAUGGAGGGGUCGUGCCUGCCCCCCGAGAACGACCCCACCUCCCCGCUCUGGCAGGCACAGUCCCGCAUCCAGGAGCUAGAGCAGGAUCUGUCCAGCCUCCAGGCCCAGAUGCAGCAGCUGGAUAACCCGGAGCAUCACGGCAGGCCGCAGGAGGCCUUGGAAGAUGCUAAGCAGCCAGCAGGGGGCACCUGUGAGGCCCGUGGGGCUGGUUCUGCUUCGGCAGGUGGGGGGGGAUGUGGCUGCGAGACCGAACCUGCCUUCCGCCUGGCUCCAGUCCCCCCCAAGAGGGCCAUGCGAGCGGCAGCCCGGGAGAGCCUGGAGAAUGGGGACGUGUCGGGUGCAGGUCCCUUUGACGUGGAGGGGAUUGGCCCUGGGGAAGGCAAGACUGAAGCCAGCUCUGCUGCUCUGGGAACUCAGGAUGACGGGGCAGGAGCCUCUGCCAAGCAGCCGGAGAAGCUGGGCGUGGGGAAGGUGGAGAUGAUCAUUAGAAACCACCUGGGCCAGGAAGUGGGCAGCAUGGACGCCAUCGGGCGGACGUCCCCGGAGACGGAGGGGGAAGCUCCCCAGGGAGAGAAUGGGUUGGAGGAGACUUGGGACGGAAGGAUGGAGCAGGAGCCGCAGAGCCCGCCCGCCCUUGCAAGUGACGCCUGGGACGGCGGGAUGGAGGAGAGGAUGCCCCGGACAGCGGGGCUAGAGGAGAGCUUGGCAAGGCAAGGGAGCAGAGAGGGGCCGGAGGGGGAAUCCGGGGUGCAGGAGGGGGAGACGCAGGUCCUGAAGGAUGAGAACUGCUGCCUCGAUUCCCCAAGGCCCGAGCCGGACGGGGAGCUGGAGGAGCCGAUAGGGGUCGUAGAAGACGGGGAGAUCUCGGCCGAGCCUGCCAGAGGAGCCACGGGAAUGGAGGAGGCAGAGGCUGUCCAGAGGGCUCAGGGCAGGGCAGCAGAACCAGAGAGGCCAGAGGAGCUGGGACCCACCCAGGGGACAGGCCCUAUGUGGCAGGAGCCUGCUAGGGAACAGGAGCGUCAGGUGUCCCCCGGGGCAGAGCAUCCCCAGGCUGCAGGGGUGGGAGAAGGAGCAGAGACGAAGGCCUCUUUGCAGGACCAGAUCCCAGCUCUGCAGGACCAGAUCCCUUCCUCUCUUCAGGAGGCUAAAACCUCUCUGCAAGACCAGAUCCCAGCUCUUCAGGGACAGACCCCCUCCCACCAAGAAGCUAAAGCAGCUCUCCAGGACCAGAUCCCAGUUCUCCAGGACCAGAUCCCAUCAGCUGUCCAGGACCAGAUCCCUUCCUCUCUGCAGGAGGCUGAAGUAUCUAUGCAAAACCAGAUCCCAACUGUGCAGGACCAGAUCCCAUUAUCUCUGCUGGAAGUUAAAACAUCCCUUCAGGGCCAGAUCCCCUCACCACAAGAGGCUAAGGCAGCUCUCCAGGACCAGAUCCCUUCCUCUCUGCAGGAAGCGAAUGCAUCUCUCCAGGACCAGAUCCCAUCAGCUCUCCAUAACCAGAUCCCAUCACCCCAAGAAGCUAAAGCAGCUCUGCAGGACCAGAUCCAAUUUAUGCAGGACCAGAUCCCUUCCUCUCUGCAGGAGGCUGAAGUAUCUAUGCAAAACCAGAUCCCAACUGUGCAGGACCAGAUCCCAUUGUCUCUGCUGGAAGUUAAAACAUCCCUUCAGGGCCAGAUCCCCUCACCACAAGAGGCUAAGGCAGCUCUCCAGGACCAGAUCCCUUCCUCUCUGCAGGAAGCGAAUGCAUCUCUCCAGGACCAGAUCCCAUCACCCGAAGAAGCUAAAGCAGCUCUCCAGGACCAGAUCCCUUCCUCUCUCCAGGACCAGAUCCCUUCCUCUCUGCAGGAAGCGAAUGCAUCUCUCCAGGACCAGAUCCCAUCACCCGAAGAAGCUAAAGCAGCUCUCCAGGACCAGAUCCCUUCCUCUCUCCAGGACAAGAUCCCUUCCUCUCUGCAGGAAGCGAAUGCAUCUCUCCAGGACCAGAUCCCAUCACCCCAAGAAGCUAAAGCAGCUCUGCAGGACCAGAUCCCUUCCUCUCUGCAGGAAGCUAACACAUCUUUCCAGGACCAGAUCCCUUCACCCCAAGAAGCUAAAGCAGCUUUCCAGAACCAGAUCCCUUCACCCCAGGAGGCUAAACAUUCAUUCCACAGCCAGAUCCCCUCCAGCCAAGAGCCAAUCCCUGCACUUCACGGGGAGGUACCGCUUACCCCAGGGGAGUUGCCACCUGGCAGAGCACCCGCCCUGGAGCAGGUGCCUGCCCGACCCGGGGAGAGCGUGGCCCUGGAAGGAGGCAACGAUGCUGGCCCGGUUUCAUCGACUGCAGAAGAAACCACUGAAAACCUGGGGAAGCUCCACCCGGAGCAGCAGCCUCUGCUCAAGGAAGCCUCCGGGCUCUGGACAGGCCGGAAGGCGCCACUAGAUCCCAUGGCCAGAAGCCCGCAGCCGGGAGCUGGCACCUUGAAGUCGCUGGCAGCCGUGAGCCCAGAGGCCCCGACGUACACUACCGCCUCUGCCAACACCGGCUCUCCGUGCCAGGGCAGGAGCGCCGCCUCCCCCGAGCUGGGAGAUGGGCAGGAGGCGGGCAGACGCAAGCAGAAGACCUGCCAGUGCUGCUCUGUCAUGUGAUCCCGGCCCCGCCAGCCGCUGGCCGCCCUCAGCGCUGGGAUGGGCAUCGAGAGCCCCAGCCAGAGGCGGGCCGAUCAGAGGGACCUUGCUCCAGUGACUGGGGGCCCAGGCAGCCGUGGCUCAGCUCCUGGGUGUUUUAAUUCCCCCAGGGGGGGCUGUUCAUUUGUACUGCCUGAUGUUUUCCUAUGGAGGGGUGCCCGGGGUAGGCAGUCAGUUUGGGGGGCGCCUGUCUCCUGCUGGCAGGACAUGGCUGCAGCGCUAAUUUCACGUCUGGUCGCUUCUGUUCCAAGCCCCUGCGUGGAGGGGUCCUUUCCCUUCUGUCCCUGCCACGUCUGCCCCCUUCUGGAGCUCUAAGGGUAUUGGGCAAAGCGGGGAGGGAAGGGGGUCUCCUGUUCCUGGGAGUUCAGGGCCCCAGCUCACACUUCUGCACACGCCUGUAUACACGCUCGCCCCCCCCGCAUGAAUGCACACGCAUGUACACACGCCCCUGCCCGAAUACAAACCUCUGCGGACAAACACAUGGACACGCACCCAGUCUCACGCACACGCCUGAAUAUACAGACAAGCCCCCAGGUACAAAUACAGCUGUAGUCUGGCACCUCCCCCCCCCGCCCGACACAAUGCUUACCCCUCUGCACACAGGCACUGCACCUGCAUCACUGCCCAGACAGGUGCGCUCACGCUCACACCCACAGGCCCGACACAAUCGCAGGUGCACUUGGGCACAGAAGCAGGUGCCUCGCCAGACACCUGCACACACCCAGACUGACACAUGCGUUCACGUGCUUACUGCCCCCGUGGGAUGGCUCAGCCGGCGUGGCCCCAGCGACAGGCUUCCUGCCUCACCUCCAGCUGGGCUGGGCAUUGCCCAGCUGCCUGCUCCCAAACACGUCUUGCACGAGAGACCUUUCCUAGAGCCAUCGCCGCGCCAGGAGGGGGCGCCCCGCGCAGGUCAGUGAUGGAGGCAUCGGAAACCACCUCCUCCCACGGUCCUCAGCUCAGCUUUCCAGCCCCUGCAUCCUGCCCCUUGCGGGACCAAAACCCCUUUCCCAGCUCUGGCUUGGGCAGCCCUGGAGCUCAGUAAUGGGACAGGCUGGAGCUGUGGCCCUGCCCCCUUCCAGCGCAUCCCUAGGCAGCCUGGCCCCGAGCCUUGGAGCUAUGUCGGUGUCUCUGAGGAUCUGGGCCUCAGAUGCCACGGUGAUGGGCAUCCGUAGAACACCCUAGAACAGCCCCCAAAGCUGGUUUUGUCUCUGGGCCUUUCCCCCGCCUUAAACCGCCCUUGUUUGGAGUGAGUGUGAGCCAGUCACGCAGGGUAGCCUUGAACCGUCCAGCAGGGGUCACUACGGAGUGAUGCUCGAUUAAAGUCACUUUCAAUGGGAAGCCUGCUCCUUGUGACUGUGUGGGGAGGGUCAGCGAGUGGUUUUCCAGGUGUCGGCCUGCUGGGUUCUGUGCCCGCCUCUGCCGUUUUACCACUGGGUGACCUGGGGCAAGUCCCGUCCCCUCUCUGGCCUCAGUUUCCCCUCCCACCCUCUUUGUCUCGGUGAGCAUUGCCGGGCAGGGACAGUUUCUCGCUGUGUGUCUGUGCGGUGCCCAGAACAGCGAGAUCCCUGAUCUCAGUCGGGGUCUGGGCAGCGCCCAGCCGGAGGGGGACUCUGAUCUCGGUCGCGGUCUCUGCCCUGAGCUGAUAGGCACCAAGCUUGGGGAUUGUCCCCAUUUCAGAGAGGGGAAUGCGGAGCUAGGGAAUCCCUGCUCCAACCUUUAAGGUCCCCUCCCUCCCAGUGCUGAGAAUAGGACUCCUGGGUUCUGGUCCCAGCUCUGGGAAGGCAGUGAGGGCUAAUGAGUUGGAGCAGGGGGAUGGGAGGCUGGACUUCUGGGUUCUAGCCCCAGCUGUGGGAGGAGAAUGUGGUGUAGUGGUUAGAGCAGGCCUGGACUGGGAGUCAGCGACUCCAGAUUUACACCACAGAGCAUCCUGGGACCUGGGUGCUGUUACUCCAGCUUUGCAGCACUGGUCCCCCCUCUGGGCUUGUCUCCUCAAGUGGGGCUGCCCAGAUUUCAGCCCUCAGAGCAGCCCCCGACUGCGUAUGGGGGCAGCAGCUCCGAGCCACCAUUUACCCCCAGUGCUGCAGUCCAGGCUGAGACAGCGGGAGACCAGAAUCACGCCCCCGGCACCUCUGUCUCUGCCUGCACAGACUGUUCCAUCACACGGGGCCCUGCUGCUGCCCUGCCCCUAAUGAAACCUUCCCCCAGGGCCAAAUCUCCCCCCCGCUGAGCUGCCAGCUCUGAGCACAGGUCACAG